CUCUUGAUGAAUGCGGAGAUACUUGAUUUCCAUCUCAUUGGAAACCUAAGAGUUCAGAAACAGCAGUCAGAUCACAAAGCAGAACUGAAGUAUGAAGUUCAACACCGCUUUGAGUGUUGCUGGAGUCAUUAUUCUCUACAUAGCAGGUUUGCUCUGCCAGCAAGAUGUAUGUGGUCGAGCCCCUCUCAGCAACAGGAUUGUUGGAGGGGAGAAUGCGGCAGCAGGCGUUUGGCCGUGGCAGGUCAGCAUUCAUCUCACCAUUCAGAACGUUGACUAUGGCCAUUUCUGUGGCGGAACCCUCAUCACUAAAGACUGGGUUUUAUCUGCAGCUCACUGCUUCCGGUGGUUCAAUGCAUCUUACAUUGUGAUGUACUUUGGGCGUUUGAACCAAUCCGGCUCCAAUCCUUAUGAGACAAACAGGACAGCGAGUCAAAUCAUCAGUCAUCCUCUCUUUGACUAUUCAAAUCUUGACAAUGACAUAGCGCUGAUCCAGCUCUCCUCCUCUGUGACUUUCUCUGAUUACAUUAGGCCGGUCUGUCUGGCAGCGGCUGGUAGUGUGUUUGCUGCAGGUACAGAGAGCUGGGUCACUGGAUGGGGUCUGCUGCAACCUAAUGGCACCAAACUUCCUGCUAUACUGCAGGAGGUGAUGAUACCAGUUGUGAAUGACAGUAACUGUAAUAAUGCUUAUGGAGGAGUCAACAUAAGCAUCACAAGCAAUAUGAUUUGUGCUGGAUUGUUAAAUCAGGGAGGAAAGGGUACAUGUCAGGGAGACUCUGGAGGUCCAAUGGUCAGUAGGAAAGGCUCCGUGUGGGUUCAGUCCGGCAUUGUGAGUUUUGGUAUGGAGUGUGCUGACCCCACAUUUCCCACCGUGUUCGCCAGAGUCUCUCGGUACCAGGAAUGGGUCAAGUCUUACACGGGGAGCAACCAGCCUGGAUUUGUUAUAUUCAAUGCAGCAUCCAACUCCAUCUUCAGAAGCGUGCCAAACCUCCUCUUAUUUCACCUUUCGCUCGCAUUCUGUUUCAUUCCUUUCUCCCUCUUUCUCACUUCUUAAACACUGCUUGCUCUCAUAAAUGCUCUGAUAAAUAUGAAAAAA